AUGGAGUCGUUUCGAUUCAACCACAACAAUGAGGCUCAUGCUAUGCUCUUUUAUCCAGUCAGCAAUCCGGACAAGAUUAAACAAAGAAUAAUAGAUGCCGCAAAAUCGAAGGGCCAUGAGGCCGACGAGGAGAGAGAAGCAGUCAAUUUUUCAUUCGUUGAUGCUUCAUUGAUAACGAGUAGAUUGCAUCUCGAAACCGCUAUAAAUCAAGCCAUUCUCGCUGAAUCGCAAGGAUCAUUGAGGACAAAGACUGUUCAUUCCGAGAUCCUCUUUGCUCUCAAUCCUACAAACAAUAUCACCGAGGCAAUUCGUCGAUACGGCGUAUCGGACACAACCAAGGCGCUCCUCGUCGUACAAAUAAUGAACUCUUCAGCUACUACGGCGUCCAUUUCAGACGUAGAGAUCAAGAUGAAAAAAGUCGUAAACGGGACGAUAGUUUCCUUCGAUGAACUGGCCAGAUUGACUGAUUGGAAUACAGUAGAGAAGUAUCAUAAGUUGGGAAACGAGGUAAAGGAAAAGCAAGACGCUACACAAGCGCGAGCCUUCAUCGAUAAUGUCGCAGUCAGUUCUGUUGCUAUGAAAAGUGUUAUGCAAUGAGAAGAUACGUAGUGUUUAUCUUACCUGGAAGAGCGGAUUGGUUUCCAA